ACUAGUUUAGUUUACAAUGGCGACGACCCCAGUUCCUCAAGAUCAAAGAAAGCGCGCUUAGAAGAGGCAUUGGAGCGAAGGUUUGCCGUUGCCAAAGCCGAGCUUCUUCAACAACAGAAGAAGAAGAAAAAUAAGACAUUUGUUGAGGAAGAUGGAAAAGGAACUCCUAGCAGUAAUUCUUCUUUUCUCAACACUCGCAUCUCAACUCCCUCCAAUUCCUCAUCAAAGAAAGGAAAUUUUCCUUUCUUGGGUCCCUCUAGUUUGCAAGAUGUUGAAGAAAGUGGUGAAGUGUAUUCCAAGCUUUCGGAACCAAUACAUGAGAAUUUGCUACCUGCUAAUUCCAAGUUUUCCAACAAAAAAGGAAGCAUGGCUGAUAAGAUAUUGCAUGAGCUUCUUCAAGGUGGGGAUUCAGCUCAGAAAUAUAUGCAAGGAUCUAGAAGCAUCAAAUUAGACAAUUGGAUCCUUCUUGAUAAUUUAGUGAAAGGGCGAGUUAUGUCUACUGGCUCUCAAAUCAGGGCUUUGAAGACCCACUCUAAGCGCUGUAAAAGACAUAUGUCGAUGAAGCAACUUAAGAAAUCCGGAAUACUUAAACUGCCUCAAGAUAAACAAAAGUUUGAUACAUUUAAACCAAUGCAUGAAAUGUGGAAAGGCUGCAUGAGUCAACUUCUUAAAACUACUGGGAAAAAUCAGUUGGCUCAAUGUAUUAUUGGUGCGGAUCUACAUGGUGCCCUCAUUCUAGUGGCCGAGUGCAAGGUAACUAGUUUCACUGGAGUGAGUGGCAUUAUGAUUCGUGAAACUGCGGAAACAUUUGGUAUAUUAACCCAGGACAAUAAAUUCAAAGUUGUGCCCAAAAAGUUAUCAAUCUUCAUAUUCCAAGUUGACUGCUGGAAAAUUACAUUACAAGGUGAUAAACUCACUUCGAGAAACUUGAGUUUGUGAUGUUUUGAUAUUUAUAUUAAAUAUCCCAUUAUAGGUUUUCCGUUUUCACUCAAGUUCAGAUAGGAGACUGUUAAAGUAACUCUUUUUUAAUCAUAUUGAUAUCAAGAGAAUAUACUAAAAAGAAGAGUUGUGGCGCUGAGGCAAUGUACAGUUCCUUUACAAUUCUAAGUUUAGAGAAAGUUGUUUUUUUGCCUAUGUCCUCUAA